AUGUCCGAUACGGCUACUAGUCCAUGGUGGAUGCAAUGGAGUCCAGAUGAAGUGCCAGUGGGAUCCGACGACGUGACGGAUGCUUGGAAAGUGUGUGUCAUCGAUGGUGUUUUCUUCGGUGGAAACGAAUACAGUGGGUCGCUCGGCGCUCGUAUUUCUUCGAUUAUAGUGAUUUUCGUGGUUUCGACGUUUUUCACACUUUUCCCGGUGAUUGCAUCGCAAGUCAAAUGGCUGAGAAUCCCUCGUUAUGUGUACUUGUUCGCACGUUAUUUCGGUACCGGUGUGAUUGUGGCCACCGCUUUCAUCCAUCUUUUGGACCCUGCAUAUGGCGAAAUCGGCCCCAGCACGUGUGUGGGCCGUAACGGCCACUGGGCUGACUACUCCUGGUGUCCAGCCAUCGUGCUGAUCACCGUGUUCGUCGUGUUUUUGGUCGAUCUCUUCAGUGACGUGUUCGUGCAGCGCAAAUUCGGCGUCACCCACAACCACGGCGGUGACAACAUCGAGGACACCAUUGUCAAGGCCAACAUCAACAACGCCAACGCCCACACACAUCUCGCAGACCUAGAAGGCGACAACCACAUGCACGCAGGCCUCCCAGAUUCCGAUGAAAAGAGCAAAAAAUCCUACGACGUCGUUUCAGACGCCAGCACUGAGCUUACGCUCCAAUCUUUCGAAAGUCAAAUUGCUGCAUUCUUGGUCUUGGAGUUUGGUGUUAUUUUCCACUCCGUCAUGAUCGGUUUGAAUCUCGGAACCACCGACGACGAGUUCAGCUCGUUGUACCCCGUGCUUGUGUUCCACCAGUCGUUCGAAGGUCUAGGUAUCGGUGCCAGACUUUCUGCUAUCGAAUUCCCUAAAACCAAGAAAUGGUGGCCAUAUGCUCUGUGUAUCGCCUAUGGUUUGGCUACCCCCAUCUGUGUUGCCAUCGGUCUAGGUGUAAGACACACUUACGACGGCAAUUCUUACACAGUCAACAUUGUUUCCGGUGUUCUAGACGCCAUCUCCGCUGGUAUUCUAAUAUACACCGGUCUGGUUGAGCUGCUGGCUCGUGACUUCAUCUUUGACGAGAACAGAACCAAUGAUGUGCCAAGACUUCUCUUCAUGGUUGGCUGCACAAUUCUGGGCGCAGGUCUCAUGGCUCUGCUUGGUAAAUGGGCUUAA